AUGCCCACAUCGACCCUGCCCUCGAUCCCGCGCUUCGAUCCUGGCCCUCCUACCACCGAAAACCUGGAAUGGGCCGACCUCCCUGUUGUCGAGCUGUCGCAGACGCGCACCCCUGAAGAGCGAGCGGCACUCGCGACGGUCGCGCGCGACGCGAUGCGCACGUUCGGCUUUUUCUACGUCGUCGGACACGGCUGCUCCCCCGCCCAGAACGAGCGGAUCUUCGACAUCGCCGACGUCCCGUUCGCGCAGGUGCCAGAGGAGGAAAAGCGUGGCUUCGUGGGGGACAUCAAGGCGACCGGGUCGUAUAGGGGGUACAAGCUGCGCGAGUACUGGCACAUUGCCAACGGGGUGCGCGACCAGCUCGAGCACUACAACAUGCACAGGUCGUUGGCGGAGGGCCUGCAGAAGCACCCGAAGGCACUGCAGCCGCUCAUCCCUGAACUCCGUGCGUUCGCCGAGUUCAACCACUACGAGGUCCUCCACCCCGUACUCAGGCUGCUCGCGCUCGGAAUGGAGCUCCCUGAAGACACCUUUGUCAAAAUCCACGGCUUCGACGCACCCGGAGAAACAUACGUGCGCUUCAUGAAGUACUACCCGCGCAGCGCCGCCGACGACGCCGCGACCGCGAACGUCUACCUCAAGGGCCACACCGACUUCGGCACCCUCACCGUGCUCUGGUCCCAGCCCGUCUCCGCGCUCCAGAUCCAGACCCCGGACGGACGCUGGAAGUGGGUGCGCCACGUGCCCGGCGCGCUCGUCGUCAACGCCGGGGACGCCCUCGAGUUCCUCUCCGGCGGCUUCUACAGGGCGACGAUCCACCGCGUCGUGCGCCCGCCGGCGGACCAGGCGGACCGCGUGCGCGUCGGCGCAUUUUACUUCGCGAUGUGCGACGAUGGGGUGCGCCUGGAGCCGGUGCGGGGCAGCGCGGCGCUCGAGCGGGUGGGGGUCGCGAAACGGUUUGAGAACGAGCAGGCGCCGACGAUGGAGGCGUGGAGGCGGGGGCGCACGAGCGCGUAUGGGCAGACGGAGCUGGUGAAGCGGGAUGCUGGGGUCGAAGAGGAGGUCAUCAAUGGCGUCGUCGUGAAGCACUACAACUGA